AUGCCACCCGGUCAGAAAGACCCGAAGGAAGAGGCUCCAGUGGAAGAGGUGCUUCGGAAUGCUCUGAAAGAGCAGGACCUGGAGUCUGCCUUGGCUGUUGCCUCACCGAAAGCUCAGUCAGCACCGCCUGGUUUUUUCAAGGUUGGGAAUGAGUUGGUUCCGGAACUCCAAGAUUCCCCUUCGAACUCUUCGACUGGCAGUGGAGAAGAUCAAUGUGAUCUGAAAACAGCUGCUGGCUUGAAAGCCCUGGCGAAGCAGCAGGUUGGCCUUUCUUUUGUCCGGGCUCACUCGGAGAAGCUCUUCCACAAAGGGUCAUGUUGCACCAUCAAGGAUGUUGAGUUGAACUGGAAGGUGAUCAUACCCAUUAUGGAGGUGACCCCAUGGGUGCGGCUUAGUGAAGAAGUGUUGAAGGAUGCCAUCCUCACCUUCUACAGUGAGGAGAAACUGGUCCCAGUUGGUGUCUCUGAAGAGGCCAUGCAGCCGUGGGCUGAGAAGAUGGCCUUUGCGGCUCACAAGUUGGUGCGACGAUUUCGAAAGCUUUUUGAUGAGUCCCCUGAUUCGAGCAGAACUGAAGUGUUGCAUGACAUGAAGAAGCUUUGUGUGGCCAGGAAGAUUCCCAAGAGACCUGCUGGGUUUGAUGAGGAGUCAUCCCCAGACCGUCCAGUGGCUUCUGAAGAGGACCUAGAGCAACUGCCGAAAGUUGAUUGGUCCAUGGUGCUUGCAAAGUUGCAGGCCAAAGUUGAUUGGCCCAUGGUCCUUGAAAAGUUGAAGGAUAGGCAGACUGCAAAGACUAUUGCAGAACCUAUGCCUCUGGAUGAUGAGAUCUCUGAGGAUGAGCCAGAGCCACCUCUGUUGCAGAACUGCAGCCAGCUUGGUGGAGUGGCCGGUGGACCUGGUUGCAAGAGGCCAGUUCCCACUCCGGCCAGGAGCGAUCAGUGGCAGCUCCCGAGGUUUGUCUUGGAUAGCCUUGAGGAAAAAAAGGCUCCACCGCCCUUUGCCACAACUGGUGGGGCUGAAGACCAAGUUGAGGACCAAGUGGAACAACAUGAGGCCGCUGCUGAAUCAGAGAUUCUUGCCCAGGAUGCUGGUGCGAAGAAGCCUCGCAAAAGUCGCAAGAAGAAAAAGCAGCCCGCUGCACUGAGCGGUGAGGAUGAGGCUGCCUUGGCCCCGCAGCACCAAGGAAAUCCUUCAGGCGCUGUUCCUGUCCAGGCUGGUGCUUGCCCUGAAGGCGUUGCGGCCCAGAAAAAACGCACUGCAGCUGCUGUGCUGUCGGAAGGAGGUGAGGAAACCUAUCAGCCCAAGAUGUUUUCCGAAAAAAGAAAGCAGUUUAUUGCAGCUGAACGUGCUGCGGGUCUUUCGUAUAAGGAUGCCAACCUUAAGUGGAUGUCUUCCAAUGAGAGGGCGAACCUGUUGAUGAACGUGCCCAUGGCCGAGUUGAAGAAGCGCAGAUUUGUCUAG